AGGAGGAGGAGGAAGAAGGCUGCGCGGGGCCGGAGGGACGCGGGAGCCCCCCGGCCGCGCAGGAUGAAAGUCACGGUGUGCUUCGGCAGGACGCGGGUGGUCGUGCCCUGCGGGGACGGGAACAUGAAAGUUUUCAGCCUGAUCCAGCAAGCGGUGACCCGGUACAAGAAGGCGAUCGCCAAGGAUCCAAACUACUGGAUACAAGUACAUCGACUGGAGCACGGGGAUGGUGGGAUCUUAGAUCUCGAUGACAUUCUCUGUGAUGUAGCCGAUGACAAAGACCGUCUUGUGGCUGUGUUUGAUGAGCAAGAUCCACACCAUGGAGGUGAUGGCACCAGCGCCAGCUCGACAGGCACGCAAAGCCCAGAGAUUUUCGGCAGCGAGCUUGGCUCCAACGCGGCAUCGGCCUUUCAGCCUUACCAAGCAACAAGUGAAAUUGAGGUCACCCCUUCAGUCCUACGCGCAAAUAUGCCUCUUCAUGUCCGACGCAGUAGUGACCCUGCACUGAUUGGCCUCUCAACCUCUGUAAGUGACACAAAUUUUUCUUCAGAAGAACCUUCACGGAAAAACCCUACAAGGUGGUCCACAACAGCAGGAUUCCUCAAGCAGAACACCCCUGGCGUGCCCAGUGCGCAUGAAAGAAAGAAAGAUGAAAACUACAGAAGCCUCCCACGAGAUACUAGUAGCUGGUCUAACCAGUUUCAGAGAGACAAUGCUCGUUCAUCGUUAAGUGCCAGUCAUCCCAUGGUGGACAAGUGGCUGGAGAGGCAAGAACAGGAUGAAGAUCGAACAGAGGAGGACAACAGUAGAGUUGAGCCUGUUGGACAUGCAGACACUGGCUUGGAAAAUGCAACAAAUUUUUCCCUGGAUGAUAUGGUAAAGCUCGUAGAAGUCUCCAAUGACGGCGGGCCUUUGGGAAUCCAUGUAGUGCCUUUCAGUGCCCGAGGCGGAAGAACCCUGGGGCUGCUGGUGAAGCGAUUGGAGAAGGGUGGAAAAGCUGAACAAGAAAACCUUUUUCGUGAGAAUGAUUGUAUUGUCAGGAUUAAUGAUGGAGACCUUCGGAAUAGGAGAUUUGAACAAGCACAGCAUAUGUUUCGCCAAGCCAUGCGUACGCCGUUCAUUUGGUUCCACGUGGUCCCUGCGGCAAAUAAAGAGCAGUACGAACAGUUGUCCCAAAGCGAGAAGAACAUGUACUACUCCAGCCGGUUCAGCCCCGAUUCCCAGUAUGCUGAUGGGAAAAGUAUUAACAAUUCUGGACUUCACACGUUACAAAGAAUGUCUCGAGCGGGUAACCAGUCCGAUCAGACAGACUCCUACUCGCAGCUACCUCAUAGUGUGAAUUCAUCAGGGAAACCACCCUCUGGCCUGGUACCAUCACCUCAGAAAGUUCUCACCUCCACUGCAAACAGUGGGUAUAACACCAAAAAAAUAGGGAAGAGGCUCAGUAUACAGCUAAGAAAAGGUACAGAAGGCUUGGGAUUUAGCAUUACUUCAAGAGAUGUCCCAAUUGGUGGCUCUGCUCCAAUUUAUGUGAAAAACAUCCUUCCGAGAGGUGCAGCUAUUCAAGAUGGGAGACUAAAAGCUGGAGACCGAUUAAUUGAGGUAAAUGGAGUUGAUUUAACAGGCAAAACUCAAGAAGAAGUUGUGUCCUUGCUGCGAAGCACCAAGAUGGGAGGGACUGUUGGCCUUUUGAUUUUUCGACAGGAAGAAACAUUCCAUCCAAGGGAACUGAAUGCAGAACAAAGCCAGUCACAAAUUCCAAAGGAAACGAAAGCAGAAGAAGAAGAGCUUGUCCUCACACCUGAUGGCACCAGGGAAUUCCUGACAUUUGAAGUUCCACUGAAUGACUCUGGAUCAGCUGGACUUGGUGUGAGUGUCAAAGGUAACCGGUCAAAAGAAAACCACGCCGAUUUAGGAAUCUUCGUCAAGUCCAUUAUUAAUGGUGGAGCAGCAUCUAAGGAUGGCAGGCUUCGAGUGAACGAUCAACUCAUAGCAGUUAAUGGAGAAUCAUUAUUGGGAAAAACAAAUCAAGAUGCCAUGGAAACAUUAAGGAGGUCCAUGUCCACUGAAGGAAACAAACGGGGAAUGAUUCAGCUUAUUGUGGCGAGGCGAAUAAGUAAAUGCAAUGAGUUGGAAUCACCUGGGAGCCCCUCCGGGCCAGAGCUGCCAAUAGAGACUCUGCUGGAUGACCGGGAGCGGAGGAUUUCCCACUCCCUCUACGGCGGGAUUGAGGGUCUCAGCGAAUCACCCACAAAGAACGUGGCAUUGAGUAGGAUAAUGGGUAAAUAUCAGCUGUCUCCAACAGUGAACAUGCCUCAAGAUGACACUGUCAUUAUUGAAGAUGACAGGCUGUCGGUCCUUCCUCCUCAUCUAUCUGACCAGUCAUCAUCCAGCUCCCAUGAUGAUGUUGGGUUUGGCACUGUUGAUACUGGUGGAUGGGCUAAAGCUGCAAUUAGUGAGUCAACAGACUGCACUCUUAGUCCAGAUGUUGAUCCAGUGCUUGCCUUCCAGCGAGAGGGUUUUGGACGCCAGAGCAUGUCAGAAAAGCGUACAAAGCAAUUUUCAGAUGCCAGUCAGUUGGAGUUUGUUAAAACACGAAAAUCCAAAAGCAUGGAUCUAGGUAUAGCUGACGAGACUAAGCUCAGUACAAUGGAUGACCAGAAAACAGGUUCCCCAACCAGAGAUGUGGGGCCUUCAUUAGGUCUGAAGAAAUCCAGCUCAUUAGAAAGCCUGCAGACAGCCGUUGCUGAGGUGACUCUGAAUGGUGACAUUCCCUUCCACCGUCCGCGCCCGCGAAUUAUCCGAGGACGAGGCUGCAAUGAAAGCUUCAGAGCUGCCAUAGACAAAUCCUAUGAUAAACCUGUAGCAGAUGAUGAUGAUGAAGGCAUGGAAACUUUGGAGGAAGACACAGAGGAGAGCUCAAGAUCUGGUAGAGAAUCUGUGUCCACAGCAAGCGACCAACCAUCCCACUCAUUGGAGAGGCAAAUGAAUGGAAGCCAGGAUAAAAGUGACAGAAAAAAAGCUGGAAAGGAAAAGAAGAAAGAUCGAGAUAAAGAGAAGGAUAAAAUUAAGGCAAAGAAAGGAAUGCUGAAAGGCUUAGGAGACAUGUUCAGGCAGUGGUGAUUAUGGCAGAUAUAUCACUUCUGUGGGUGACAAAGUCCAGAGAAGGCAACUUCACAAGACCACCGUGGUUCAUACUCUACUGGGCUAGGAUGACCACAGAGCUUGUUGGAUAUGAGCACUGGAAAGUCUCCGGUCAGAGUGGGAACAAUAUGGCCACCCUCUGAAAUGCCUGGGAAAGACCAGAGGUGUCUUCCAGAGACUUUAUCAGAACGGUCCCCGAGGGCAGAAGAAACAUUCUUUACCAGAAAGAAAACCCUGAAAAAGAAGAAGGGUUGUUGCCACAGCUUGCUCAUAAGUCAAAGCAAACUGAUCCCUCGUGCUGCUCUGAGUGCUGCAUGUGUGGUACCUACCUCUGCCACUGUGGGAACGCAGCAUGAGUGCAGUGUGCUCUGGACUUGGGUGUUUGGAUCUGGAAACUCAAACCAUUGAAUUUUGCUAGUUUUGGAUUUCCUGUUAAUGUUAGAAAUGCUCUUCCCACAGUCAUGAAGCCUGACCAUACAUUUACUAGAUUGCUUACAAGGAUUAUUAGAAAUUUCCUGUGUGCUUUAUUUUUCUAAUAAGAUAUUGAUUUCAGUAUAUAUCUGUUCAUACUUGCAAUGAAUUGAUUUAUGGUGGCAGAAAUUCUGUUUUGCUGCCAAAACCUAAUGGCCACUAGCUAAUGCAAUUUCUCUCACCCCUUCCCCUUUUUUCUGAAACCACUAGUUCUUUUCCAAAAAUAAACUGGGUACUCCAAAUUUUGAUUCAAUUGCUUUACCUAACAUUUUGAAUGGGUUGAGGAAGGACAGGAGACAGAAGCCAAAGUGGGCAUCUCAGAGAUGCUGUGCUACAGUCCCACAUAUGUUACUUGUCUCUUCUUAGCUCUUCGUGUUCUGUCAGUCAGACCCGUGCUGCCACCUCAGGCACUCUCUGUCUAUCAGAGUGAAAUGGCUCAGUUCUACUGUUUUUCUGUCAAAACUCCUCUUUUGGCUAGAGGUUUUAGGGCUAUUUUAAAUUAACCAUUCUCUUUUGUCUGGUGUAAAACAUCCAGAACUUGAUUUGAAUCUCUUGUGUCAUAUACGUAAAUGUUUUGUAUAAUAGUUUUGACUACUCUCUAAUAAACAAGUGGAUGUUUUAAAAGAUACACGUUGGUGUUUUGAAUGACUGAAAUUAAAUAUGUCCGUUUUAUGUAUAAGAGAUUAUAAAAUCAGACGUCCUAUUUUGUAUUUCUUAACGAUAUCAUGUCCUCUGCCUAUCCCUUUUCAGGUGGUUAUUAAUGAACAGUUUUAGUUUUCAGGUGCUUGAAUUACUUUAAAGUUUGUGUACGUGCUCCUAUGUUUUUGUGUUGUUGUGUUUUUAAGAGCUGCCCUAAGAGCCAUAAACAUGAUUACCCAGUGUAAAUAUUAUCUUUCGACGGAGUGGCCAGAAGUUAAUCAUUCUGCAGGAUUGCUGUGUGGGGUGUCUUCAACCCACACAAUGACUUUGUACUAGAAUCAAAAGGAACAAAUGGGAAAAUAUUAUAUUAUGAAUGCCUGGUGGAUUCUAGAUAUUUUAAAGAGGUUAACAGGUCAGAAGAAAAUUUUAAGAACUCCCUGGUUUAUUUCACUGUUUGUGAGCAUUUGGGAUGUCCUGUCUGCACUGUUGCUGGACAUGUUUCAUUGGAUGUUUCAGUGAUUUUAUUUCACUUUUGAUGUGAACCUGAGUGUGAAGUGCCACAGUACCAGUCAGCUCUCAGAUGAGCAUUUAGUUUAAAAAAAGUAAAAUCCUUGCUGCUUUUGCUGUGAUAAAUGAUACCUCAUUUAAUUGGUUUAUAUAUAAUAAAAUAUUGUUUAAUAGAAAAGUGUUAGCCCUUCUACCUUAAACAGAAAUUUUUCAUCUAAGAUUUAGAUCUAUUUAAAGGUUAUAUUUAAGUGUUUGUUUGGUUCCCUCUGUACAAAAGUCACUUCUUUCAGAAUGGGUCAGAAGUGUCUUAAGAAAUAUGUGUAAUUUUGUCCUUAUAAUAACUGAGUAUCUCAAAUACCAAAUUCUUCUCUCCCUGAAAGUUCAAAGAAAACAGUGGAAUGUGCAAAUAUGGAAGAAAUCUAAAAUACUUGAAAUGUAGCCGGUAGAGGGGAGAGGAGAUGUGAAGAGGGCAAACCCGGGGUUGGCAGCACCCCGAUCUGUCUGGGACAGCCCAGCCAGCUCCAUCUCUCCCCUCACCCUCCUGGCACUGGAAUACCCUUGGAGAAAAAAGAGUCAUGAGCAAUAAAGUUUUAAAAAACCUUGUUACUGAAAAAAGAAUAAAUGUACAUUCUUGAGUGGCGUCCACUGUGUGGUGAAACUGCCCUUGCGGGGUUGGGUACGGAGGGCAGGAUUGAGCUCUGGGCAGCUGUCAGACGUACAGCUCCGUGUCUCUUGAGGUCCACAUGUAGAAACCCUUGCUUCAUGUGAAACCUGAGUUGCAUUCUUUGGCAGAGAUAGUGCUGCAAAACAUUGUUUGACUGUGUAUUUAGGAACAGCAACCCCAAAGUCCUGGCAUGAAAGAAGAAUGUGGUCCAAUUAUUAUUUUUUCCAAUUGUUCUGUUCUUUAAUGAGGAAUUAUGUAAACUUUUAAGGGGAGUGAAAUAAAAAUAAAAUUAAAAAAAGUAUGCAAAAAAACCCAGAAGCAGCCUAAAAAUAUUAAAAACUGAGAUUCUGAGGUCUUUGCACUUUCUCUUCCGGGUUUCCAAACAGUCCUUCUUGGAGUACUCUCUUUGUCAUAGGAAAAGGAAAAUA